AUGAGUUUAACUGAGGAUGAAGCUACUGAAGUCAUUGAAGAUGACAUACGAGAGCCAGCAGAAGCUACAAUGAGUGCAACUGCGAAUACGGCUACUGACUACAUUGAACAAGAAUUAUUACGAGACAUAUUUGGAUCGAGUCCAGUGGAGCCCUAUGAAGAUUCAGGUUCUGAGUACGUCCCGGAACAAGGUAGCAAGAGCUCAUCGAGGAGUUUACGAGACAUUCUUGGGGACUCGUCUGGGUCUGAAGGGAAUGAUGAGGGUCUUUCAUCUGUUUCUACAAGCAAAGAUACAAGAAAGCGUAUACGCAAAGAAAAUUUAUGGAAAAAGAAUGUGAGAAAAAAUAAAAGAGCUAGAGGAAAUUUUGAUUUGCAAAGUGCAUAUCUAUAUUCACUCAUUCAUGUCAUGGUAAAAGCAAGGUCUUAUGUGAGAGCCAAAGACACCUCAUCGGAACGGGUAGCUGGAAACACUACAUCAAAGCCCAAGGAGUUUUCUCGAUUAUAUCACUUACCAGAGGCGAAUGGAAAACAUAUUCGUGUGUGCAAAUCAUUUUUUAAACAAGUUUUUAAAGUAUCGGACGGACGCCUUACAAGGGUUCUGAAAAAUAAGCCCCUUGGCGAUCCCGCUCCCAUUGAUAAGAGAGGCAGGCACAUCCCGUCGAAUAAAACUCCAGACACAAAAGUAAACGAAGUUAAGGAUUUCAUCAAUACUUUCCCGAAAUAUGAUUCUCACUACACAAGACACAAAAGUGAAACAAGACAGUACUUGCCUCCUCACUUGAAUUUGUCAAUAAUGUAUUCAGAAUACAAAAGCGAUUCAGCUGAUCUCACCGGCGGCGGCAGCAUUGCGAUGCACAUCCGGGGCGGUCGAUACAGGCGCGACUUGCGCGGUACCGCUGUGCCCCAAGCGCCUCCCCCGCCACGAAUGGGCCCCUCUCGUCUUCGAGCCCCCUCUAUGACGGCUCACAUCGAUUCGCGCGCUUGA